AUGCCUGACAACAAUUCUACCUAUGCAUACGUUCAUCUUGGAUUGCUCACCGUCGCCACUCUCGUCUGCCUAUUUUCAUCCGGAAUAGCCACGUUCACUGAGCCGGAGAAGCUGUUACCUACUGAACUACGAGACUGGAGAAACCUUGACGAAGAAGACUACGAUGCUGCAUGGGAUGAACUCCUUCCCUUGUUCAAGAAGCAUGGUUAUCAGCUAUGGAAAAGAGGACCCGGUUUACAAUCACAUAGUGGAGGGCAUUUGCCUUGCGAUAAUUUUCUUUUCCUGACUCCAGACAAAACCAAAAACAUUUCCAUUGUCAGAUGGCCCCACUUUAUAAACUUCAAUGGACUCUCACAUGCCGCACGCAGCAUAAAUGCAAAGCGGGAUGCUAUUCUGCGUCUAGUAGCUUCUGGUGGCCAGGGCGGGACCCAUUUACGAAUCAUGCGACGGUUGUCUUCUCCUCCGGACAUCCUCAUGAGCAACAACCACAUCCUCCCUUUCAUAGACGAGAUCUCGUAUCAAGAUAUAGUUGUUCUUUCGUUCCCGAAGCUUAUAUCCUCUCUGCAAGAGUGCCUCGAUACCGCAAGAGACAAUUCCGUUGAAGAUAUUCUUUACAUGGUCGCGCAAACCUUUGAGGGCGCAGCUUACUUGCAUCGAAAGUUGAUAGGUCAUCGGGACUUGUUCCUGAACAACAUCAUGGUUGAAUGGAUGCCGGCUUCCUUACGGGAAAGAAGAAUCAACAGACCCCGUGUAUACAUCAUAGACUUCGAGACUGCUGUAGAUUUUAGUGAUGACAGUGCAGAGUCGGAGCGCCUGUGCAAGGAACAUCCUUUCGCUGGUAUUGUUGACAUCGAUACAUAUGGCCGACCAGUUGCCCCAGAGCUAAGUGGCGAGAUCCAGCCUUACUGCCCUUUCAAGCUUGAUAUGUGGCAACUUGGCUCCGACCUGAAUGACUACGUGCAAACGGGGCUCAAGGAAGUAGAUGAGUUUUGGACGACUUUAGUCUCACCGAUACCCGAUAGUCGAGUGACAGCUGCAGAUGCACUGACAUUUCUUCAUGAAUAUUUACUCAGGACCUCUCCCUCCGAGCUUCAUCGACCGCUGCCUGAACAGGUUUCUGUGACCCAGUAA